ACAAAGAACUCAUCACUAUUAACAAACAAACAAACGCUUCUUAUUGCAACGUUCACCGUUCGCCGGCCGUUGAUUUCCCUCACCGCCGUCUCAGUCUCUCUCCGCCGCACUUAAAGGACUACACCUGCUUUACUGUCAUGGAGUUGCCGAAUUCAGAAAUACAACCCAAUAAGCGUAGGAGAAAGAAAUCUUCUGUAUGGGAACACUUCACUUUGGAAAAAACUGAUGAACCAGGAUGUAUUAGGGCUUGCUGUAAUAGGUGCAAAAAAUCGUUUGCCUAUUUGAAAGGUUCUAAACAAUCUGGCACCAGCCAUCUCAAUAGGCACAUUACUCUGGGAAUAUGUAUGAGAAAUCAGCAAACCAAGUGUUCCAAAACUAGUGCCGAACCACAUAAGAAGCCAGCUAGAGAAAAACCUUACUUUACUUCUAUGUCAUUUGAUCAGGGGCAUUGCAACGAUAAGAUUGCCAAAAUGAUUAUUUUACAUGAUUAUCCACUUCAUAUGGUGGAACACAAAGGUUUCAUUGAUUUUGCGCGGGCACUUCAACCACAGUUCAACCCACUGAGCUUAAAUACUAUCCAAGGGGAUUGUGUUUCCAUUUACCUCAGAGAGAAGCAAAACCUUCUGAAUCUUAUUGACGGGAUUCCUGGACGAGUCAACCUCACCUUGGACUUAUGGACUACAAAUCAGACAUCGGGCUAUGUUUUUCUUCGUGGGCACUUCAUCGAUGGUGAUUGGAACUUACAUCAUCCCAUUCUUAAUGUUUUUGCGGUGCCAUUUCCUGAUUUGGAUGGUUCUUUAAAUCAAACUAUAGUGACGUGCCUAAAGAAUUGGCAUUUAAAGGAUCGCCUGUUUGCCGUUCUAUUUCAUAAACUCUUUUUCAGUGAGACUUUGAUGGAAAAUAUGAGGGAUCUUCUCUCUUUUAAGAACCCUGUGAUCCUCAACGGUGAAUUAUUAAGACAAAAUUGUUAUGCUCGCGUGCUUAGUGGCCUUGCAUUAGAUGCUCUCUGGUCAAUGCAAGAAACUAUUACUAAAGUUCGCAAGAGUGUGCAAUAUGUGAAAUCUUCAAAAUCGAUUGAAGAGAGAUUUUGGCAACUUAAGCAACAACUUGGAGUUCCUAGUAAGAUGGAUCUCUUAAUUGAUGACAAAAAUAAAUGGGACACAGUCUACCAUAUGCUUGUCGCUGCCGGUGAAUUAAAGGAAGUUUUUACUUGUUUUGAGGCUUUUGAUCCCGAUUACAGAAUUUCCCUUACAAUGGAUGAUUGGAAGCAGGUUGAAAAUCUAUGUGUGUGUUUGAAGUUUUUGUAUGAUGCUGCUAUAUUUUUAACCAUCCAACCGUACCCAACUGCAAACUUAUUUUUCCUCGAAGUAUCCAAGCUUAAGGUGAAGUUGACUGAGGCGAUCCAGGAUCCUUUCUGUUGUAGUAUGAUUACAUCUCUGCAACAGAAUUUUGAUCGGUAUUGGAGCGAAAGCUGCUUCAUCUUAGCAAUUGCUGUAGCCAUGGAUCCGAGGUACAAAAUGAAACUUGUGGAAUCCACUUUUGCUCAGAUAUUUGGCGAGAAUGCUGAUCCAUUAAGAACGGUUGAGGAUAGUCUUCAUGAAAUGUUCCUCGAAUAUAGUAUCAUACAAGUGCUUCCUUUUACCGAAACAAAUUUUGAUGUCGGGAACGACAUUAUGAUGAAAACUGAUGAAUUUCAAGAUGUAUCAUUUGAUGGAUCUCUUUUUCCUGCCGAAGAUGGACUUUCCGAUAUUGAGUUCUAUAUUUCCGACUUCACUAAGUCAGAAUUGAGUGAGUAUCUUGAAGAGCCUCUAGAGCCUAGUGUACAAGAAUUUGAUAUUCUAGGCUGGUGGAGAAUUAAUGGAUCCAAGUAUCCAACAUUGUGCAGAAUGGCAUCUGAUAUUUUGUCUAUGCCAGUAUCCACUCUCUCUGCAGAUUCUAUUUUUGACACACAAAUUAGAAAAAUGGACAACAACAGGAGUUCAUUAGACUCUCUGACUCUUGAGGCACUAAUAUGUACUAAGGAUUGGUUCCAUUGUGAAUCAAAACCCAUUGAUGUUGUUUCACAUGAACUUGUGAAAAUUGAGUAUUAGAUGAUAUAUAGUUUUUCUCAUUUUGGGGUAGGUGUUGAAAUUUUGAUACAAUUUAGGUCAACAAACUUUUGUGACCAACUCAUAUUUUUUAUUGUUGAUAAUAUACUGUGAUUCUAUUUUAAUAAUUUUGACUUUAACCCUUUUGUACCCAA